ACCUUCCUGCUGUUGGAACAGUAUUGUUGCAGCGUCUCUGGAUUUGUUAAAACGCAUUGUAGGAUUUAUUCGGAUUUUGUAGACAAUGGCGAUUUUUAGAUUUUCGCAAAUUUUGGGAGUUGUGCUAACUUUUGUUGCUGUUAAUGAGGGCUUCAGAUUAAGUCGCCAAGGCGGAUACGACUUGGUACUCGGGGUCAAUACAGCAGCGCCAGUGCCACCAGAAAAUGACCAAAGGAGAUAUGUACAAAAUAUUAAGACUUCUAUGCAAGCAUUCUCCAACAAUUUGUGGAGAGCUACCAAGCGGAGGUUUCACAUCAACUCGGUUGAGCUAAUCGUACCAGAGACUUGGACAGCAAUUCCUGGUGCUGAAUUGGCUGGAAUGGGAAGCAUCGACACGGCAGAUUUCCGAGUGUCGGACACCGUUUUGUACCCCUACGCGAAAAACACGUAUCUUUGUGGCCUCCCCGGGGACUAUGUCGAACUGCCAUUUACCUUCUUUCAAAAUACUAACGCUAACGAAUUCGGACCUAUUUGGAAAACCCUCAUGGUACUUUUUGCCAGAUACAGAUAUGGUGUAUGGGAAGAGCACGGAUUUAUUGGUGAUGAGCUGUUUCCAUACUUUUCCCUAAAUGAAGACUCGACCACUUGGGAGGCGACGGGAUGCAAUAAUGAACCACUUGUUGGGAAGUUUAUCAAUGUGACUGAUCCAGAUCAAAAGGAUUGUGAAAUGGCUGCAAGUCCAAACAGUGAGAUGAACGCUUGUCGCUUCAUCCCAGACAGCGUGGUAAAUAAGGCGACAACUUCUCUCAUGCAUUUCCACUUUAUGAACUCUGUCGUUGAUUUUUGCGAUGAAAAUACUCACAAUAAGAUGGCUGAUAAUAAGCAGAAUGCAUUCUGUAACCAAAAAAGCAUAAUGCAAGUGAUAAGAGAAAGCCCGGAUUAUGCCACCGCUUCAAACCCACCGACGCAAGUGGGUCCGGUCACUUUUAAAACUGUGAAACAAUCAGCAAACCCACUUUUGUACAUUUUACUGGACAGGGGUCAAAUUCAGGGCUCUUACCAAUUGGCAAACAUGAUUCCUCCAGCCUUGGCCCAAUUUCUAGUUAAUAAUUUUGCAAAUGUUGUCGGUGCCGUGGGAAGUUUCCCUAAUCCCGACAAUCCUGCGGUUCAAUUAAAACAGGAAGUUGGAUGGUCCCAAAUUGGACCUAAUGUGGACCAAUUCCUCCAAGCGGUAGGUGAGUUGAGAAUUGACGGUCCUCUUCGACGUGAUUUCACCCAAGCAAUUAUGGAAACUGCGGGAUUCAUCAAGUCGAGAGGUCAUGCUCAAGGGGCAGUCAUACUACUUGUAAAAUAUGGAGCUGAUUUGGAUAAUAUUAACGCAACAAUUCCAGAAAAUGAUGUCGUACUUGCAUUGAAUGACCAGAAAAUCAUUUUGCAUUCGAUCGAACUUCAGAUCACCGGCAGUCCUCCAGCAUCAAAUUUAGCCCGACUAACCGAAGAAACCACGGGGGGUUUUGCCAUGCUCACAAAUAUCGGUGAUGCUAACUUCGUACUGAACAACGUCCUAAAUUUCCUAGCCCGUACCUUGAACUCUGCUGAUUACAUAAGUGACCAGGCGACAAGGAGAACGGUUGUCAAACAAGCGAUCUCUUCAUCCAGCCCUGGCAUCCAACUUGUCCUUCCUCCAGACUCUCUUCACGCGGAAGUGUUUUACUCCAGUUUUGAAAGAUUGAAUGCAACAAAUUUCAUCUCGCAAAUUGAUGGAGCUCCACCAACGACGUCAGUAAGCUUCCGAAGAACUGUUGACUGGGGUGCAGGAGAAGGAAACUCCAGAUAUUCGUAUCGUUUAAGAUUCUCGGACGCGCAAAUUGCGGGCAGAAGUAGCGUUAUCGUUUCACUGAAUUGUACUGGACUCCAAAAUUGUGACGGAGCGAUGGUCGGACGUGUCGCACUUGACAAGGCUGUACCAGACCUUGGUGUUAAAAUUGAAAUCACAACUUCUGCCAACACUGUUGACCUUAGCAGACUGGCUCCACUGAUGAUCUACGCAAAGGCCACAAUUGACGGUGCUCCCAUCGAAGGAAUGUAUGCUGAUGCAUUAAUCACUAACGGAGCAACAAGUUAUGAACUAGUCCUAAACGACGACGGAAGCAUUCCUGACAUUUUAAGUGAGGACGGAAUAUUUUCCGGAUAUUUCGUGCCUACAGCCGAUGGCGAUUACAGGAUUACAGUUCGAUUCAUGAAAAGGACGACGACUAGAAAAGUUGCAACUUUUAUCAAAGAAAGUAGCUUGGGACGUCUCCUCCCAAUCGAUCAAGGUCCUGGUGCUGGGUGCGAAAUUACUAACAAUUGUACACUAAAAGACGUGUAUAAUGGAUUUAUGCAAGUUGAGGAAUAUUCGACCCCAAUUAAAUUUUCGAAUAGGAAUCAAUACACAGCCAUUCCUGGGAAAGCAAUUUUAUUGUACAAUUUCAUCACUCGAACUUUAUCUUGGAGGUCACCACGCGUACCUUCCACUACCAGUCCAGUUACUAGCUACGAAAUUCGCCAGGCCUUUUCUCGACUCGAGCUCCUGAACAACUUUGAUGGAUGUGAAAUCGCUGCGACAGCGGUCCCCGUGGCACCAGGAGAGUGGCAGAGUACCCAGCAUAAUAUUACCCUCUAUUCCACAUACUAUGCUAUAAAGUCUACGUACAAUGGAGUAAAGAGCGAGAUUUCCAAUAUUCGAAGAUUCCCUGGAAUACCAGCUCCUGAACCCACAGACUCCACCGUCCCACCAACAGGAUCCACUCCCACAGGCCCCACAACCCCACCUACGUCCGCAGGGACUGCCCCCACCACUACUACUGGAAACCCAGGUAGUACAACCACCACCACCAUUGACCCCACUGCGCCAACAGUCUCGACCACUCCGAACCCAAAUACCACCCCAGCGCCAAGCCCACAAACCUCGCCUACAGCUCCCACAAGUCCCCCCACAACGUCCCCACCAAACUCCUCCCCAACUGUUCAAUCCUCCGUGAUUGUCUCCCUAAUCGGAAUAGUUGUCACAAUUUUCAUCAAAUUUUAUUAAACGAGAAAUGUAUGUAAAUCAAUUAUGCGUGGUAGACAAAUCAUGAUGGGGAAUCAAUAAACAUUUACGUCAAGUUCAUACUUACAUACA